AUGGUCAGUUCUGUCCCUGGGGGUAGUGAUCUUCUCAGUUCGGAGACAAAUAGCAGCGUAAAGGACACAAAAAUUUCAAUUGAUUGCAGUAGGCCGGAGUCUCCGGUUGUGGAAACUUGCUCUAACCCAUGUACGCGAGGUAAAAUUCUAUGGUUGGAGAUAACUGAAAUUUUUUCAGUAAAAAAGAAUGUCAAUGUUGAAUCCUCAUCUGCAGUUGUGUACUCAUUCCUUUUCCAUCAUAUGACUAUGUUUGAAGGACUUCAACUUUUUGAGCAGCUGUUUGAUAGUUCAGAGAUUACAAGGCUAAAUUCGUUAGCAAAUAACUUGAGAGCCGCUGGUCAUAAAAGAGAGUUCCGUGGGCGUACCUUUGUUGUAUCCAAGAGGCCUAUGAAAGGGCAUGGGAGAGAAAUGAUCCAAUUAGGCAUCCCCAUUGCUGAAGGACCUGCACUAGAUGAAACUACAACUGGGAACUCUUCUGAGCGGAAGGCGGAGGCUAUUCCAAGCUUGUUGCAGGAUGCCCUUGAUCUAUUGAUCCAGAAUCAGGUUUUGACUAUUAAGCCUGAUUAUUGUAUUAUCGAUUUUUUCAAUGAGGGUGACCAUUCACAGCCUCAUCUUUGGCCAUCGUGGUAUGGGACACCUGUUUGCACUCUAUUUUUGACGGCAUGUGACAUGGUUUUUGGUCGAAUUAUUGAAGGAGAUCAUAGAGGAAAUUAUAGAAGUCCCCUCAAGCUUGCCAUUAAAUCUGGGUUCGUCUUCCUUUAUCCCACUAUGAUAUAUGCAUUUUAGUGCAUCAUAUAUUAGAUGUAUCCAUACAGCAUCUUGUCCAUACAAAAUAUUCUGCUCUUACAGACUUUCUAUUGGGUACCUAUAUUUUGUUUUAUUUGUUAAAAUUUGGAUUUCUCAAACAGCGAGCUUUAUAUUUCAGCUUUUGAGUUACCACUCCAAGCAUUAAUCCACUGAGAUCCCAAGG